AUGAGCAGCUUAGCUACUGGAUUACCCCCCAACUGGACAAUCAAAGUCUCCAAAACACACGACAAGGAGUACUAUCUCAACCAAUCGACCAACGAAUCCUCUUGGGAUCCUCCAUACGGGACAGACUUGCUGGUGUUGAACGAAUAUUUGACUAAAUUCAAGGAGAACGGUCGCAAGCCCGUCAUCAAUAAAGAUGGAAAAAUCAGGGCUAGCCACAUCUUGACUAAACAUCAGAAAUCUAGAAACCCCAAAUCAUGGAGGAACCCAGACAUUACAAUUUCAAGAGAGGAGGCAAUUGAUAGAGAAAGAGAUAUUCUUGCUAAGCUCUUGAAAGGAGAUUCUACAUUUAGUGAGAUAGCUACAUCAGAGAGUGAUUGCUCUUCACAUGGCAGAGGCGGAGACCUAGGUUACUUUGGAAAGAAGGAAAUGCAGCCAGCAUUUGAAAAUGCCGCUUUCGGUCUACAUGUGGGAGAGAUUAGUAAUUUAAUUGAAACUGAUAGCGGCAUUCAUAUAAUCCAGAGAACUGGAUGA